GCUGCAGUUAUGAAUCAGAAUAGGAAUAAUCAAGAAAGAGAUGACAGCUAUCAGAACAUAGGUCGUGGUUCACGGGGCUUCCAAAAUCGACCUGGUGGCUCGGUUCAAAUGCACUCAAAUCUCAAUCCAAACUAUCAAAAUCCAGUAGAUUUAGUUCAUAAUUACAAUCGUAAUCGACAACUACAGGAACCAGAAGAAAAUAUUUAUGAAAGACUGGAUAAUGACGACGACGACGACGAUGAAAAUACUGAAAAUAAUAAUGAAGUUGCUCAUAAUGAACCCACGGUCCAAAAUAAUCAGGAUGACCACACAUAUGAAAGAAUAGACGACCGGUAUUCUUGUGGUAGUAGAACGUAUCCUCGUUGCUAUAAAUACCAUAUUUUAAAUCAAUAUAUUCCAAGUUUUUUAAACGACAUGGAAUCUAGAAAUCAGUAUGAUCAGCCAAGACAAUUUUAUCUAGAUUCAUCACGAUUAUCUAAUCAAUUUUGUCAGAAUAGAUUAGGUAGGCUAGGUCGUAACUGUUUUUCGACAGAAAAUAUUGCUUACGCGUCAACUGGACGUGCCAUUUAUCCAUUCGGUUAUAACUGCAUGUGUUCAUUUUGUAGACAUAUAGAUACAAGAUAUUUGUGUCAUCAUUGCCAUAAUUUGCAUAAUAGAUUACGUUAUCAAGAUGCAUUUGGAAAUAAUUCUAGACAUUACAUAUAUCAGUUACCAAGGAAUUGUCGAUGCCCCUUUUGCCGCGGUGAAUACUCUUAUGUAAAACUGCCUGUUACAUCUUGCCGACCUGCUGAAUCAUCGAGGACGGAAUGUCAUUGUAGAAAUCCUAAUAAUUGUUCUUGCAGAGGGAAAGUUCUACCCAAUUCUAACUCUGCUGCGCAAUUUAGCAAAUAUCUUGAUUGGAUUAGUAGAGGUAGUCCAUCAGUUAAUAAUCCACUGUAUGCUACAGUUCAUAUUGGUAGACCCUGUGUUUCAGCUCUUGGAAGUACAACUGGUGGAGGAAAUUUAUUCAAUAACGUAGAUCCUGGCGCUUCGACGUCAAAUGCAUCAGCAUCUAGUACAUUAUCAAAUAAUGAACCUAGUACAUCAAACAUUAGAUCUAUGUUUUCUUCGCAUAAUUCUUCCACUACGCAUCCUUCUGUUUGUUCAGUUAAUCGUUCAACAGAACGUCAACAUACGUGUGACGAUUCGUGCAUUAGAAAUCAGAGUGGAAGUGUUACUGGCAUUUGUCAGUUUCUUGGUAGAUGCGAAAGAGCAGAAUGUAAUCAUGGUAGAUUAUCUGUGCAUUGGUGGUUCAUACAUAGGUGGUUGCCAGCUUGGAAUCCUCAUUAUUUUGAUAGAAAUAUGGACACUGUUCCUCCAAUGGAAGAAGAACCUCAAGAGCAGCAAGGAAGUGAUAGUGAUGAUACUUAAUUCCAGAAUUUCUACUGCAUGAUACUCUUUAUAUCAUCAAAAAACAAAAAUUUUGUUUAUAUUUUGAUAUAUGGAUUUGUUGUCAUGUAUUAAUUUCUCAUAAAUAUUAUUUACCAUUAGUCAUGAAAUAUGAUUACUAAAGUAAUACAAGACACAAUAUCUUCAUUGUAUUCCUUUGUUUGUAAGAAAAGGAUAGUGAUAAAACUGAAAAGUGUUAUAUUUUGUGAUAUCUGAUUAAAAAUACGCUUUUCUCAAUAUUAAUGAUAUUGAUCAUAGUACAUGUAAUUUUGUAUCUAUUCGUCUAUUCGUCUUAUUAAUAAAUUAGUGAUUAGAAAAGAAAAAUAUUUUAGUGAAAAAUUAUUAGGAGAUUAUCAGUUCAAAUUAAAACAUUUUUUAAGAAGUAUAAAUAUUGAAAGAAUUUCAAUGCAAUUUCAAAAUUCAUGCAUAUACUGACAAUAAAAUCGCUUUAUAUGUGCAUUGAGAAUUCAAGAUGCUCUUACUUUAAUACAUAUAAAUAUCAGUCACAUAUAUGUUAAAAAAUAUAAAAUAGAUUAAAUAUAAUAAUGAUUAUUGAGGUUUUAUUUCAUCAAUGCAACUUUAUAUAAACUUAGGAACUACUUCAGUUAAUGAUUUUUUAUUCAUUUAUAACAAUUUUAAACAAUAGAUGAUAGUUAAAGCAAAUUUUAUUAUUUUAAUUUUAAUGAAUAAUUUUAAGUGUUACAUAUUCUAUAUACAUAGAAUAUAUACAUACAUAUAAUAUAGAGAAUUAUAAGAACAUAAGAAUUGUAUAAAAAUUGUAAUUUUUAUAAUUCAAUUUCGUAUGUGUACCUUUUUUGGGCAUCAUUGUUGAACCAAAGAGAGAAUGCUUUUGUCAUAUUUUUCAAUUUUAGUAUUUAAGAUCUUUCGAAGCAAAUCACAAACGCAUUCUUUCAAUAACUGAAGAAAUGAACAAAAUUAAGAUCAUUAUUCAUUAUUUUUAGAAAGCGUUUUAUAUUCAAUAUUGCGGUAGAAUAUGUUAAAGAUGGUAAGUUUUAAUUUAAAUUUGAUAGUUAUUGUAAGUACAAAUUUGUAGCAAUUAUUAUUAUAAAGAAUGACGUUAAAAUUAAUGAAAAUCUUUUUAUACAUGCGAUUUAUGUCUUAGAAUAGGAAACAUAUAUUGACUUAUAUUUAAAUACAAAAUAGAUAUGUUAUUUGUCAGUAUUAAGUUGUCCUUGUAAAGUUUUACUCUUCUAAAUGAAUUUUCUGUUUUUCUAACACUGUUCAAUUAUAUACUAAUCAUUGAUUUCAAUGAUUCAGUAAGUUUAGAGAUAUAAUUGAAAAUAAAUAUAAAUUUACUGUUGAAAAAUUUAAGGCAAUUAUAUUAGGUUUAUCAAAGUAAAAUGUAGUGUUUAAACUUGUAAGGACAACUUUACACAUAUCUUUGAAUAUGUUAUAACUUAGAAAUUAAUCCUUAGGUGGGAUUUAUAACAUUUUUGCGCCUAACAUAUUAAUUUUUAAGGAAACAUGUUGGAUGAGUUUCUUGAAUUAUAAUGUAAGGAAAAAUACCAGAUAGAUUUGCCAAAUGUAUAUUUAUUUUUUCUAUUUUAUAAUUAAUGACUAUAUUAAGGCACACGUUCAAUUAAAUAAAAUAUGUUAUUAUACAGAA